CCAUUUAAAGUUUUGGCAACUGAAACUAUAACUGGGAAGGCAUUAGAGGCAGAUAUAUACAAUGCAAUUCCUACUGAAAAGGUGGACGGAAGCUGCUGUUAUGUAACUACCUAUAAAGGGCAGCCCUAUCUCUGGGCCAGGCUGGAUCGAAAACCCAACAAACAAGCUGAGAAAAGGUUUAAACGAUUCGUGUAUUCAUUGGAAGAUAGCAAAGAAUUUGUUUGGAAUGUUGAAGAGGAUUUCAAGCCUGUUCCAGAUACCUGGAUUCCAGCAAAGGACAUAGAGUUCUCUAAUGGCAAUCCUUUGCCCGACGAAAAUGGACAUAUGCCAGGUUGGGUGCCUGUGGAGAAAACCAGUAAGCAGUAUUGCUGGCACUCAUCUGUUGUAAAUUAUGAAGCUGAAAUAGCGCUGGUAUUGAAACACCAUGCUGACCCAGGCCUUCUGGAAAUCAGUCCGGUGCCAUUAUCAGAAAUUUUAGAACAAACAUUGGAGCUUAUUGGGACUAAUAUUAAUGCAAAUCCAUAUGGAUUAGGAAGCAAGAAGCAGCCUGUACAUCUUCUUGUACCACAUGGAGCAUUUGAAAAAAAGAAUCCACCUACUUUGAAACAAAAUGACAUACUGUCUUGGUUUGAAGGCUGCAGCGAGGGUAAAGUUGAAGGAAUUGUGUGGCAUUGCCAUGAUGGGUGUUUAAUCAAGCUCCAUCGCCAUCACCUUGGUUUACGCUGGCCACUUGCAGAAACAUACCUGAAUUCUCAGCCUGUUGUAAUUUCUUUUAAUAGAACUAAAUAUGACUGUGACUUUGAACCAAAGAGUUUGUUUCACCAUUUUUCAAAAUUGGAUGGUAAAAGAUUUGACAGACUCAAAGAUAUCAAGUUUGAUGCUUGACAUGAUUUUUCUCUUUUAACUUAUUGUCUUAUGUGCUGCAUUCCUCUUACUCGUGUCUACCACAGAAGUCUUUACAAAUCAUCUAGCUUAGGCAGCAGCCUAGGUACUAUACGAUUUUAAGUUUUUCCUAGAAGACUAAUUUUAUAUAACAGAAGAGCUCCAACAUCCAGAGCAGAGACCGAGCUUUCAGCAUGUUUAUUUUCAGUUCUGAAAAAUCCUUAACUUUU